CAAAUUCCUAGGACUGGUUAAUGAAGUAUAUAAGUGCAAAAUUUUUGUAGGUACUGUACAUUCACAAUGAAGCUCUUGAUCUUGGCUUUGUUCGUUGUUGGGGCCUAUGGAUGUGGGCGACCCACCUAUACACCCAUAGUGAACAGGGUGGUUGGUGGUGUUGAUGUUAGACCAUACAGCUGGCCCUGGCAGAUCUCCCUCCAGUAUUCCAGCGGUGGUAACUGGUAUCACACCUGUGGAGGAACUUUGAUUGCUGACCAGUGGGUUCUUACUGCAGCUCACUGCAUCAGUUUCAGUCGAACCUACAGAGUGUAUGUGGGCAAGCACAGCUUGAACACUGCCAAUGAAGCAGGCUCCAUUGCAAUUUCUGCUGCAAAGAUUUUUGUCCAUGAGCAGUGGGACUCUCAGAGAAUUAGGAAUGACAUUGCCUUGAUCAAGCUGCAGAGCCGCGUGCAGUUUUCUGACAAAAUGAUGCCUGCCUGUUUGCCUGAUAAUGGUCUGGUGCUGCCUGGGGACUACGCCUGCUAUGUCACUGGCUGGGGCCGACUUUGGACUGGGGGCCCCCUUGCAGACAACCUGCAACAGGCUCUGCUCCCUGUAGUCAGCCAUGCUGUCUGCAGUAGGUCUGACUGGUGGAGCACUCUAGUCACUGAGCAAAUGGUGUGUGCUGGAGGAGAUGGUCAGCUGUCCAGCUGCAAUGGUGACUCUGGUGGCCCUCUGGCAUGUCAGAGAUCUGAUGGUGCCUGGAUCGUUCAUGGAAUUGUAAGCUUCGGCUCCAGUAUGGGCUGCAACUACUACAAGAAGCCCUCCGUUUUCACCCGUGUGUCCGCCUACAUCCCCUGGAUCAACAAUGUAAUGACCAACAAUUAAACUGCUGUUCCUCAUGAGAAAAUAAAAGAUAUACAAUCAAUAAAAUAGAUUAUUCGCAA